AUGAACCUAGUGUAUGUGUACUACGACGACGCAGAUUACCUCGACACUCACAAAGUGGACUACACCAAAUGCGUGGGUUUGGACGUUGCUACGUCGUACCUGGACGAGUCGACCCAGCAGCAGGAAUUGCUGCUCGGCUGCGUACCGUGGACUUGCAUCGGUGGAGCGUCAACCAUGCACCAGCCAGACUGA